AUCGGGCAUUGUUCAAGAGUUAUCCCCUGCGAUCCGGUGACGAUAUUUCUGAUGGGCGCUGGAGCCGCAGGUUGGUUUCCCGAAAGGUUGCGGCGUGUGUCUAUAUAUAUAGCCAAUCGGUCUACAAAAAUUCUAUGCCCCAGCCCACUGGAACUGGAAGUACACCUGCGCAUACAGUCUGAGCUCUGACAGGCCCCCCCAUGGCGGUUGACGCGCUGGAAUCGGUUGCCGUGGUGGCCGUGCCGUUCCCGGCGCAGGGCCACCUGAACCAGCUGCUCCACCUGUCGCUGCUGCUCGCGUCGCGGGGGCUCGCCGUGCACUACGCGGCGCCGCCGCCGCACGUCCGCCAGGCGCGCGAGCGCGUCCACGGCUGGGACCCCAGGGCCCUCGGCUCCAUCCAGUUCCACGACCUCGACGUCCCGGCGUACGACUCCCCGGCCCCAGACCCGGCGGCGGCCUCGCCGUUCCCGAACCACCUCAUGCCCCUGUUCGAGGUCUUCGCGUCCGAGGCGCGCGCCCCGCUCGCAGCGCUCCUCGGGCGCCUGUCCACCACCUACCGCCGCGUGGCCGUCGUGUUCGACCGCCUCAACGCCUUCGCCGCCACGGAGGCGGCGCGGCUGGGCAACGGCGAGGCGUUCGGGCUGCAGUGCGUGGCCAUGUCGUACAACGUCGGGUGGCUCGACCCGGGGCACCGGCUCCUGCGCGACUACGGCCUCCAGUUCCUCCCCGUCGACGCCUGCAUGUCCAAGGAGUUCGUGGAUUUCAUCGUCCAGAUGGAGCAGGACGAGCAGGGCGCGCCCAUCGCCGGCGUGGUUAUGAACACGUGCCGCGCCCUGGAGGGCGAGUUCAUCGACGUGGUUGCCGCGCAGCCGCAGUUCCAGGGCCAAAGGCUUUUCGGGGUCGGGCCGCUGAACCCGCUGCUCGACGCGGACGCCCGGGCGCCGGGGCCGGCACGGCACGCGUGCCUGGAGUGGCUCGACGAGCAGCCGCCGGCGUCCGUGCUCUACGUCUCCUUCGGCACGACGUCGUACCUCCACGCCGAGCAGGUCGCCGAGCUCGCGGCGGCGCUCAAGGGCAGCAAGCAACGGUUCAUCUGGGUCCUCCGCGACGCCGACAGCGCCAACAUAUUCGCCGAGUCCGGCGAGAGCCGGCACGCCAAGUUCCUGGCCGAGUUCACCAAGGAAACCGAGGGGGCGGGGCUGGUGAUCACCGAGUGGUGGGCGCCGCAGCUGGAGAUCCUAGCGCACGGCGCGACGGCGGCGUUCAUGAGCCACUGCGGGUGGAACUCGACCCUGGAGAGCCUGAGCCACGGGAAGCCGGUGCUCGCGUGGCCCAUGCACUCCGACCAGCCAUGGGACUCGGAGCUCCUGUGCAAGUACCUCAAGGCCGGCCUCCUCGUGAGGCCCUGGGAGAAGCACGGUGAGAUCGUGCCGGCAGAGGCCAUCCAGAAGGUCACCGAGGAGGCAAUGCUGUCAGACAGCGGGAUGGCGGUGCGGCAACGGGCCAAGGAGCUACGGGAGGCUCUCCGCGCCUCGGUGGAUGACGGUGGGAAUUCGCGCAAGGAUCUCGAUGACUUCGUAGCGUACAUCACGAGGUGAACGUGUGACCUAGUACGACGCAUGUGGGGGCAAAAACUUGUGGUGCUUUGAACAGUCGAGUGGAUUUUCAAA